GUGACGAAGUGACGGAGCAUUCUCCUUUUCGCAUACCUUUUUCCAAGGACCACAUGCGUAAACAGUCUGUGCUGUGAUACCAGAAUACUGGGAGCGACUGCGUCCGUUUGUUCCUAAUUUCACUGAAUUGCAACAUGAAGCGAUCCCGUCAAAGUGGCCUUUUAACACAAGUGGCCGUGGUGCUGCUCCUGGCCACUUCAGCACAUGCCAUGCGACGCAAGUAUGAAGCUCGCAAGCACUGGUGGGACCUCGCGCAGAACGAGUUGGCGGCCGCCCUCAACGUGCGAGACAACUGGAACGUGGCGAAGAACGUGAUCAUUUUCCUGGGCGACGGCAUGGGCAUCACCGCCAACACCGCCGCCAGGAUCUUCAAGGGCCAGAAGAAGGGCAUGAACGGCGAGGAGGGCUACAUGACGUGGGAGAGGUUCCCCAACGCGGCGCUGCUCAAGACCUACAACGUGGACAAACAGGUUCCGGACAGCGCAGGCACGGCCACGGCCUACCUGUGCGGAGUCAAGGCCAAUUAUUACACACUCGGCGUCGACUCGGAGGUGACCCUCGGAGACUGCGCGGCGGCGAGGAACCCGAUCUACCACACGCCGUCCAUCCUGCAGUGGGCGCAGGAGGCUGGCAAGGACACAGGUUUUGUGACCACGACCCGAGUCACGCACGCCACGCCCGCGGCCCUGUACGCCCACUCCGCCCACCGAAACUGGGAGUGCGACGGCAAUCUGGGUCAGAUGGGCAUCGGCUGCAAGGACAUCGCGGAUCAGCUGGUGUCGGAAAACCCUGGCAGGAAUAUCAAGGUGAUCCUCGGAGGCGGGCGCCAGUCCUUCGGCGCCAGCACGGGGCCCGUGAAUAAGGACACGUGCAUCCGCCGCGACGGCCGUGACCUUACCCGCGAGUGGCUCAGCGACAAGGCGCAACAAGGUCAUAGCGCUGCUUAUGUCACCAACGCCGGGGAAUUGGCCAACGUCGACGUGGACGACACGGACUUCCUCCUGGGUCUGUUCUCCGACACACACGUCCCGUUCGAGGUGGACCGCGUGAACAGCCCCGCCGGGUCCCCCUCGCUCACCCAGAUGGCUACCAAGGCCGUCAAGUUCCUCCAGAAGAACGACAACGGAUUCUUCCUCCUGGUUGAGGGCGGCCGCAUCGACCACGCCCUGCACGACAACCUGCCCCACCGCGCCCUCGAGGAAGCCGUCGCCCUUGACAGUGCAGUCGCCGCCGUUCUCGAGGAAGUGGAUCUGGAGGACACGCUGGUGCUGGUGACGGCCGACCACUCUCACGUGAUGACGAUCAACGGGUACCCUGAGCGUGGGAACGACAUCCUCGGUAUGACUGGUGACAUCUCCAAGAUUGAUAACAUGCCCUACACGACGCUCAUGUUCACCAAUGGGCCCGGUUUCAACUACACCACCGACGGCAGCAGGGUGAUCCGUCAGGACCCCCGCACUGUAGACACGCGACACGUGAACUACCGCAGUCAGGCCGCCGUGCCACUCCCGCCCAUCUCCGAGACGCACGGAGGAGAGGACGUCGGAGUCUGGGCCGCAGGUCCUAUGGCUCACCUCUUCCACCGCACUCACGAGCAACACUACGUCGCCCACGUCAUGGCCUACGCCGCCUGCGUCGGCCCCAGCGCCGGCAAGAGGUGCGAGAGGCCAUCACACGCCACCUUCACCAGACCGCCGGUGCCACAGGCCGUCGCCACAGCCUCAGCCACAGCCACGUCGUCCAUAGGUGCCGCGGUUGCCUCAGCGGUGGCUUCCGGACAGACCGGGGCGUCCGUACCCUUCGUAGGACCGAAAUUCCCCACGUUAUCGCCGGUUCUACAACAGCUCAUUGAUGACAACGAGCGCAAGAUUAUCGGUUUAUUAGGGCGAGACGUGCAGGGACGAACGCACAAGCCCGGAGUUAGCACGAAGGCAGGGCUCCGGCCGCAAGAUCUCCUCGGCCUCAGCGCCCUCACCAGCAUCCCGCACAGUCUGUAGACAUCGCCGCCGAAGAAGUCCCCGAAGAAGUCCCUCUCGUGUCCGAUUACCUCCGAUACGACCCGCGUGGUUGUCUCUCCCCCAGUUUGUUAACACGGCUCUGGCAGUGUUUUGUUUGUUGUUAGGAAGUGUGUUAUUUUUUUAUUUUUCCUCGUUUUUAAUAUCUUCCAUUUUACGUGUUUUUUUAUACCUUUCUUUUUAAAUGUUUCGUCGGUUUUGUAUUUAAAUCCUGGAGAAUAGAGGAUGAUAAAUUCCGUUUAACAGGAGAGAAUUUGAGAUCAUGUGUUUUGUGAUAGUUUCAGAUCACCAUUUUUAGCAUAACUUCUUUCAUCAAAAGACUGCUGCAUUUUGAGUGGCAGAAACUGUAAAUAGAAUCCAUUCUUAAGUCGCUAAAGACCCACAACAAUCAUUAGAGCAUCACUUUUUUUUUUUUUAACAUUCCUAAUAACAGUAAUGAUAAUUCCCAAUACAAAGGUGUGAUAAUGACUUUAAUAUUUAUUCACAUUCACCGUUGAUCAUCCGUCCCUUGUAAAAGUGUAAAGCCCCAGGGUAAAUGUUUAUAGCCCCAGGGUAAAUGUUUAUAGCCCCAGGGUAAAUGUUUAUAGCCCCAGGGUAAAUGUUCAUAGCCCCAGGGUAAAUGUUUAUAGCCCCAGGGUAAAUGUUAUCACACUGUGCAUUAACCACCGUCUGCAGAGUCAUCUACCUCCACCGUGCCCUUGUCCCAGGUCCUACUUGUCUUUCCUGCUUUUAAAUUAUUAGUUAGAUCCUGUGUCUUUUAUCAAUUUCGUGACAUUGUGUGCUUCGCAGAAUCUCUCUUUUUAUCUGUAAUUACAAUUUAGAGGAUUGUAUCACAUGUUUUAUAUAUUUUCGAAACGUCAACUAUUUAUUUUAAAAGUAUAUGCAAUUAAAAAAAAGUAUUUGCAGAAUA